UUGCACUCGUAAACUUCUGAAGCAGUCUCGAGCGUCACGCUGAUUGAUUCACAGUCAUUUUGGUUUCUUCUAGAUCUUAUACGAUUGAUCUCGAUCCACGGAGCUGUGAGAAUGGCGUACGUGGACCAUGCGUUCUCGAUAUCGGACGAGGACAUGAUGAUCGAGACGUCAUACACCGUGAACAACCGGCCGCCGGUAAAGGAGAUCGCGCUCGCGGUGGCUCUCCUCGUGUUCGGAGCCUUAGGAAUCGUAUCCGGCUUCUUCAUGGCGUACAAUCGAGUCGGCGGUGAUCGAGGCCACGGAAUUUUCUUCAUCGUCCUCGGGUGUCUUCUGUUCAUCCCAGGGUUUUACUACACACGGAUCGCGUACUAUGCUUACAAAGGAUACCAAGGCUUCUCCUUCUCUAACAUACCCCCAGUUUAGUGGUAGUCCCCUUUUGUAUCUCUCCUCACACUCAUCAAUGUAUAGAGAUGUUUUUAAGCAAAUGGGCUGACUUUGUUUUGCUCUCUAGUGUAGUUUUAGAGGAGAGUCUAAGUGAGUCCAUGUUUGACAUAUGUAUCACUUCUUGGUUCCUCAUUCCACUUGUUAAAUAAUUACACGCGUAUAUGACAAGUAGUCAGAUCCAUAUA